AUGGCCAGUACUCGUGAUUCCCACUCCUAUGCUUGUGAUGAGUGCCGUCUGCGGAAGUCUAAGUGCUCAAAGGAGAAGCCGAUAUGCGCACAAUGCAAACAACUCAAUAAAGAAUGCAAUUACAGCCCGAAGGUCACCAGAAGUCCUCUGACACGGCAGCAUCUGACUUAUGUGGAGGACCGCUUGCAGGCGUUUGAAACGGCCUUAACAAGAUUAUUCCCGGGAGGCGACUUGGAUGCUACCGUUCGCUCUCUCUUGCACGAUCAGGAGGGACCAAAGCCCGGUUCCUCGUCCAAGUCUUCAUCCAGGCAUUCCACCCCAGCCAAAGCUGAGCCGGACCGGGCUGAACCAGCCCCGGAAGCGCUGCCGCAGCAGGCCGAUGGAUUUGACUGGGUCGAGAACAAGAUUACAGUUGGCGACCUGACUGAUGGCAUGGCAGCUUUGUCUAUCAAGCCUGAAGGAACCGGGUACUUCGGCGCGUCCUCAAGUGUUGUGCCGCUUCGAGCGUUACUUAAGCAUGGGUUUGACCUCAACAUUCCUUCUAGGUCGACAAAGUCGAGUUAUGGGGUGGAAAGAGUACCUCUGAAGGCCCAGCUACUCAGUACUGCGCCUUCCGGUCUCAUUGAGCAAGCUUUUAUGGAUGCCUUCUUUCUGAAUUAUCAUACCAGCUACCCUUUCAUCCACGAGGGUACAUUUCGGGCGCAAUUCCACGAGCAAAUCCCACGACCACACGGUCAAGCAUGGCAGAUCCUAUUGAACACCAUAUUAGCCCUAGGCGCAUGGAGCAUCGGCGACGAUAACUCAGACCUGGAUAUUACUUUCUACCAAGAGGCGAGAAGCCAUUUGCAGCAGGUGUCCGUGUUCGAAACCGGAAACCUUACUCUUGUUCAGGCAUUGCUACUUUUGAGUAACUAUGCGCAGAAACGAAACAAACCCAAUACCGGCUGGAACUUUCUCGGGUUGGCGGUUAGGAUGGCUAUGAGCUUGGGCCUCCAUAAAGAGUUCCCUGGUUGGAAGAUAAGCCUUCUUCAGCGUGAGGUCAGGAGACGUCUGUGGUGGGGUGUCUAUAUAUUCGAUAGUGGUGCGGCUAAAACUUUCGGCCGGCCAAUUCUUUUGCCUGAAGAUAGUGUCAUGGAUGCGAAGCAUGUUCUCAAUAUUCAUGACGAGGCUCUGACGUCCAUCACAACUACUCUACCUCCCGAAGUCAACGAGCCAACCCUCUAUUCAGGGUUGAUCGCACAGGCCAGGUUUCAUCUACUCACCAACAGUGUCUACCAGCGUCUCAUCUCGGGCCCGAGUUUGACACCCGAAGAAACUCUAGGCCUCCAAAAGCCAAUGGAUGAAUGGUACAACGGCCUUCCCGAUUACUUCAAGCAACCACCUACGCCCGUGUCAGACGCGUUUGCUCUUGUCCGCAAUCGUUUGAUGUGGCGCGACUGGAACCUGCGAAUUCUUUUAUACCGACCCAUUCUUCUUCGCUGGGCCUCGCGCCGGUGGACACCAAACUCAGCUCCUGAACCCGAGGAUCCUCUCGAAGCAGAUUGUAGAAUGCUUUGUCUUCGAAAUGCACGAUUAUCAAUAGCAUCAAUCGCGGACUUCGUGAACAACCACGUCUGCACAAGAAUAGGCGCAUGGUACAUGUUAUAUUUCCUGUUCCAGGCCGGUCUAAUUCCAAUCAUCCUGCUUAUGACCGAUCCAACAAGUACAGAGGCCCCCAGCUGGCUGCAGGAGAUUGAAGCCACCAAGAAGCUCCUCGUACACCCGUCGCUUAGCAACAACCGUCUUGCGACCCGUUGUCUGGAAGUUGUCAACCGACUCUGUUCGCCUGCAUAUACAAGCGCCGCUACCGAUAGAACUGCGGGACCGCCCAUGUUGAUGCCGUUUGCCGAUCAGCUUUUCAAUGACCCGGCAUUUGGUAGCUUGUUUCCAGAUGUGGACCAAGAGCUGAACCUGAGUGGCAUGGAUUUCUCCGAAUGGGUGAACUUUACACCGCAGCACGAUUUUGUUUGA